ACCUUGGACGACCCAUGUGCGGGUCUAGCUAUAAAAGCGCACAGCACCGCGUCCAAAGCAAGCACUUCCCUUCAGUGGAACCGGACAAAACACGUCAACAUGCGCAUCUUGCUGCUGCUCGCCGCGGCCGUCGGCGCCGCCCUGGCCAUGCCGACCUCCCAUCCAGCCGGCGCUGGCGCUGCGGCGGAGCUGGGAGCGCCGGCCCACCCUCAGAAGGCCGCUGCUGCCCAGCCCGCCGACCCACAGACCCAGGCCGAGCACCUCGCCGAGACUGCGCCAGCCUCGGCGACUGCCGAGACGGCCGGACACGCCGCCGCCGAGACCCCUAAAGACACGGAAGGCACUCCGGUCUCCAAGACUGCCGGACCCGAGUCCGUAGCCGAGUCGACAGCCGAGGCUGAUCAGACUGCUGAAGCCACCCACACUGGUCAAACUACUAAGGCAGCUGAGGCUGCUGAGACUACUAGGGGAGCUGAGGCUGCUGAAGCUGCCAAAGGCGCUGAAGCUGUUGAGGGUGCCGAGGCUGCUGAGGGAGCCGAGGCUGCUGAGGGAGCUGAGGCUGCCGAGGCUGUCGAGGCUGCUGAGGUCGCAGAGGUCACUGAAGCUGCCGAAGGAUCUGAAGCUGCUGGAGCUGCUGAGGGAGCUGAGGCUGCUGAGGCUGCCGAAACUGCUGAGGCUGGUGAAGCUGCCGAAACUGCUGAGGGAGCUGAGGCUGCUGAGGCUGCCGAAACUGCUGAGGUAGCUGAGGGAGCUGAAGCUGCCGAGGCUGCUGAGGGAGCUGAGGUUGCUGAGGCUGCUGAAGGAGCUGAGGCUUCUGAGGGAGCUGAAGGAGCUGAGGCUGCUGAGGGUGCCGAAGGAGCUGAGGCUGCUGAGGGUGCCGAAGGUGCAGGCGAGGCUGGGUCUGCUGAGGGGGCUGAGGGCGCCGAGGGUGCUUCCGAGACCGAGUCUGAGGCUGCUGAAGAGGGUGAGGCAUGAUGUGCUAGCUGGCACUAGCUGGCAUCAUCAGUAUCAAAGUCUGGGUCAGACAUCCUCAGGAUGCCGCCUAUCGGGAGCUCUGCCUCAGGGACAGCUGUGAUUGUGUCGUACAAGUAGCUUUGUCAUGUGCGCUGUCUAUUCAGCCGAGUUCUGUGUGAAGUGGGAGUGCUUACCUAUAUGUAGUUGCCUGAUGGCUGUGAGGAGAAGAUCGCCACCACGGCGACAGUUCUCUGAAAGAGUGCAGGCAGCUCAGUUUAAUGGCUCUGUGUUUCUUUACUUUGAAAUAAAAGUUUACAACGAUUAA